AUGUUAAUGGAUUUCCAGCUUUUAAGAGGUAAUGAUAUACCUUGAGUAUCUAACUAUACAUUUGAAAAAUCUCCAUGAGCCAAUCUCAAAGGAAUACUUAGAAUGCACUCCUGAGUAAGAGCGAAGUGGUGGAACUGCAACUCACUACACUAACUUAUAUGAACCAACCGUAUUUAUGCCACUGGGAGGCUGAAAGUCCUGGAAACAUGUUGUGUAAGAAAUGACAGAGAAUUUGCAAAGCCUUUGCCUAGCAAAUUGGAACAUGGAGAUGAAGCUAGAUCCUGCUAAGGAUGACCUACCCCUAAUGGCCAACACACGCCACAUGCUCGUAAAGCAUUAUGUAUUGGACUUAGAUGUGGAUUUUAAAAGCCAAGUUAUUGAAGGCACCAUAGUUCUCUUUUUUGAGCCUGGGAGCAGAUGCAAAAAAGGAGGCAGUGCUGGGGAAGAAGCCUGCCUUUCACAGUCAUAUGAAACAUGCAAAAUUAGGGCAUCUGAACCUUGUCACAGUCCUGUGACAAAUGUAAGUGCCCGCUCAUCUAAAACAGAAUAUAAUGAUUUUGCAGUCUGUGCUAAAGGUGAAAAAGAUACUUCUGAUAAAAAUGGUAACCAUAGCAACGGGGAACAGGCUUCUGGGAUUUCUAGUUCAAAGAACUGCUAUGACAUAGAGAAUCAUGGGAGUGAAGAUUUUUUGCUGGUAUUGGACUGCUGUGAUUUAUCUGUGUUAAAGGUCGAGGAGGUAGAUGUUGCUGCUGUGCCAGAUCAUUGGAGGGAACAGCUAUACUAUUACACCCGCUGCAGCCAGGCGCCUGGUUGUGGAGAGCUACUGUUUUCCACUGGCCCUUGGAGCCUGAUGAUAAGGAAAGCAGAGGUUCAAGCACCAAGAGACUUCCCUCAUGCAAUAAGGAUAUGGUACAAAACAAAGCCAGAGGGAAGAUCAGUUACAUGGACCACAGACCAGAGUAGCAGGCCAUGUGUUUAUACGAUGGGGUCUCCAAUAAACAACAGGGCCCUUCUUCCAUGUCAGGAACCACCGGUUGCCAUGUCAACAUGGCAAACCACAGUCCGAACAGCUUCUAGCUUUGUUGUCUUAAUGAGUGGUGAAAAUUCAGCAGAACCAGUACAACUUCAAGAAGGUCUUUUAAGUUGGUACUAUUAUGUGACCAUGCCCAUGCCAGCAUCUACCUUUACUAUUGCUAUUGGGUGUUGGACAGAAGUUAAACAGGAAUCCCACAUAGCUGACAUCCGGACAACUAACGAGUUUUCUUCUGUGUUUUCAAGGGCCGAUCUCAGGUUGAUCGAAGGGAGCUGUGGUCAUGGGGCGUAUCCUUGCCGUUUCCAGAAUCCUGCUGCCAGUUCUCAGCUAGUCAUUCCUCAUCGAGUCUUUGCUCCAUGGUGCCUUAAAGAUCGCUGUGCAGAGAUCCUUCUUGAGCUGAUUCCUCGGUGCCUCUUGGCUGCUCAUGGUACACUUGGAACCCACCCCUUUUCCAGGCUUGAUGUGUUGAUAGUCCCUUCCAACUUUUCCAGUCUGGGAAUGGCCAGCCCACACAUCAUCUUCCUGUCACAGAGUGUAUUAACUGGAGGGAGCCAACUCUGUGGAACACGUCUGUGCCAUGAAAUUGCUCAUGCUUGGUUUGGAUUGGCCAUUGGUGCUCGUGACUGGACUGAAGAAUGGAUAAGUGAAGGGUUUGCUACUUACUUGGAAGAUGUAUUUUGGGCAGUAGCACAACAGCAGCUCCCACAUGAUGAAGCAAGAGAGCAGCAGGAGUUGAAAGCUUUGCUGCGCUGGCGACGGCUCAGAGAUGAGGUGCAGAACUCUGAAGAAGAGCUGCAAGUAUUAAGGCCAAACAAAGAGAGAACAGGAGAAUUGAGUGAGUCUGGAACAUGCAUAAUCAAACAUGGUCUGAAUGCAGAAAAAAUCUUCAUGCAGGUUCAUUACUUGAAGGGCUAUUUCCUUCUGCAGUCUCUAGCCAAGAGAAUUGGAGAGGCUACAUAUUUUGAAUUUUUAAGAAAGUUUGUGCAGAAGUUUCAUGGACAACUGAUCCUUUCUCAGGAUUUUCUUUACAUGCUGCUGGAGAACAUCCCAGAACAAAAAGGGUACGCGCUAUCUGUUGAAAAUAUCAUCCAGGCCUGGCUUGACACUUCUGGAAUACCAAAGCCUUUGCUGGAAGAGUGUCAGACUUGGGACCAGUGUCGAUUAGUCCAGCAAGUGAAUGAUGAGGUCACAAAAUGGAUUCAAGUAAACCAGAGAGCCAGAAAAAGGAGCAAAAGGAAACAAAGGCAGGAUGAAGUGGCUUUCCAAAAGCUUCUCCCAGACCAGCUGGUCUUACUUCUGGAAUCUCUGCUGGAGGAGAAGACGUUAUGUCUCAGAACUCUGCAGCGCUUAGAGAAAACAUACCACCUUGAUGAGCAGGAUGCAGAGGUUCGACAUCGGUGGUAUGAGCUUGUUGUUAAACACAAAUAUACAAGAAGAUAUGGUGACAUUGAGAAAUUCCUCAAGGAAGAUCAGGCUAUGGGUGUCUACCUGUAUGGAGAAUUAAUGGUGAAUGAAGAUGCAAAACAACAGGAACUUGCCUAUAAAUGCUUUGCUGCAACACAAAAACAAAUGGAUGUGUCCUCAGCCAAAGUGGUGGCAGAGAUGCUAUUCUGAAGAGGUGAUUUUUCUUGAUUAAAGUAUUUAAUCCUCAAGCUGCUGUGAGAGAAUAUGCACAGCGCAGUAAAUAAACUCUAGCACAAUGUAGAAUUUGCUGAUAUUCAGCUCGAAGAAUCACUCAUUAAAUUUCUUGCAUUUUUUUUUUCUACACCAUUGCUGGAGCAAUGGAUCAUUGAGGCACAAGGGAUCUAGUUGAGGAGCAUGGAGAAGAGAGGGGUUUUUGUACUAAGACACAUCUACAUUUAUAACACUUCUUAAACAUGGCUGCACUCACACCUGCAAAUAGAAAACGUGAUAUGAACUUGCUAGGGGAUGGCAAUUACUGGAGUUGUUUAACAAAAUCUGUGUCACAUGAGGCAUUGAACUCAUACACUUACAAACUAAUUAUCCAGAGUGGUUCUGGCAUGAUUCAAGUUAGUGUGGCUUACAUGCUUUUGAGUAUUUUGUGUGAGGAAGUUAAAAUUAGUGUUGGUUAUGCUAGGAAGUACCUGUUUAUAAAGACAUGCUAAUGACUAUCACAUAAAGAUAAACAUUUUAUAGCUUUAUUUUGAUUUGCUUCUGGUUCUACUUGAAAUUAGUGGCUAAGGGACAAAAGUAGAAGUCAUCUCACUAAACUUG